AUAUCACUUGGCAUGCUUGUUUGUCCGUCCAUUUAUAUUACAUACAUAUAUAUAUAUAUAUAUAUAUACAAACACACACAUACACAUACAUAAAUACAUACAUACACACAUACACAAUAUGCACAUACACACAUACACACAUACACAAUACACACAUACACAUACACAUAUGCACAUAUAUACAUACACUUAUUACACAUACACUUACACACAUACGUAUAUACAACAUACACACAUACCAACAUACAUACAUGUACACCCACACAUACACAUACACAUACACAUACACACACAUACACAUACAUACAUAGACACAUGUACAUACAUAUAUAAUGUUUCUCUGUCUGUCAGCUGAGAAAUUUCUUAACAACGAAGAAAUGAAAAUAAUGUUAAGAUGAGGAUGUAUAUUAAAGUAAGGGAAGA